ACAAUCGGUGUCUGGCGCAAUAUCCGGUCGCAUCGUGCUCUUCGCGACGACGUUUCGGCUAAACGAUAGAGUUCGAUCGCAUCAAGGAAGUUCGUUCGCGGCGCCUUGUUUGACAGUUGUUGACGAACGCUAGCGCGGCGUGCCUUUGUUGCCGCGAAUCCGAGACGUUUACGCCGCCGCUGGUGAUAAGUUGUGACCCGGGCGAAUGCCGCACGAAGUCAAGGUACGCGGAUUCACGGAGCUUAGCGAGGGCUUGCAGCUUGACUUUGUGCAAUCCGUGCCGGACGAGCUGACGUGCUCCUCGUGCCAAGACCUGGUCGGCAUCUUGUGGCUGUCGCCGUCGUGCGAGCACCGCUUCUGCACCCGCUGCCUCGAGUCGCUUCUCGGACAGGCCAGCAAGUCCAUCUGUCCCGUGGACCAAGCCGAAAUCUCUCGUGGCCAGCUUGUCGAGGACACCUCUGUUCAGAGCAAGGCAUCCCAAUUCCAGGCUUGGUGUCCCAACCGAGGCCAGGGCUGUACGGUAACACCUCGCAUCUGCGACCUCAAGAACCACUUGAGGGAGUGCAAUCAAGUCGUGAUGGCGUCGAUUCCUCCGGGUACCAGUGCCAACAGCAAUUCUUCGGCCAACAACGAUGCUAACAGCUCGGCCGGCAGCGGGGAAUCUGACGGCACUCCGAGGUGCUGGAUGGCCGAGUUCGGCUGCGACUUUCAGGGCUCCGCUGCCGAGGUUGAGGCGCACGAGAACGACUGGCAGCUUCACCGUCAGAUGGUCGUGACACGUCUUUCCGAAUACAGGCGCAACUUGGAGGACAUCCAAAACGAGCGUGACAUGCUUCGCAACCAAGUGAACGAGGUGAAUGCUUCGCUUAAAGGACUGAACCUUGGCUUCGAGCACCACUGCACGCACUCUGCGAGCACACAGAAUGAAUUCAGACAUCGCAUUCAGCAAUUGGAGCAGAGACUGGCACAACUUGAUCAACAGGGCGCUGCCGUCCCGCCUCAGUCUUUUCAGGUGCAACCUCCUUACAGACCAAGCGCCCCAACCAAUUUCGAAAGCAUUGGAUUUUCCAACCAGAUGUCAAUGGCUCCUACAGAAGCAUCCAUGGCGUCCAUGGCACACCCGGGGAUGUCGGGAAGCAACGACGAAGUCAUAACUCGCCCGGACGGCCAGUUUCGGUGGCUCCUGAAAGAGUAUUCGCGCACCAAGCGCCACCAGCGCCAUGGCACUCAUCGCUACACGUCUAGCCCGAUUUUCUGCACCGGCGUGCCCGGCUACCGGCUUCAGCUUCGGCUGCACCUUAAUGGCAUGGGCCAGAGCCGGAAAGGGCGUUUCAUGGCCGUCCAGCUGGUCCUGCUCCGAGGUCCCAACGACUCUGAGCUGGCAUGGCCAUUUAGACAUAGGGUGAUGGUGACCCUGGUGAACCAGAACGGGCCGCAGCACGUCAGCUACACCAUCAACGACCCUAGCUUCCCACGUCCCCAGGGCGAACACACGGUGCCCUACGUGUGGCAGGAGUUCGUGGCCUUCAGCGACCUCGAAGCCAACCCCGGCUUGGCUUGGAACGACUGCCUCCUCUUUGAGGUCACCGUGACACCGCCUUCGCCGCCCCCACCGGGAAUGUACCCACCCCUGUGAACUUUCUGCUAGGCUCACCACGCUGCUGUUUUUAAGCCUGCUUUUGAAGCGCAUUUAUUUUUACAAGAACAUGUACUAUACAUAUCGUUUCUCUAAGCGUAGUUAGUAAACCUAAUGUUGCUUUUAAGCUGUGCAGCUCAGCACCAGCUUAGUGUCGUAGGCUGCUCUCUCUUAGAACAAAGUCAAAUGGAGCUUAAGCGAAGGCUGUAGUUGUUACCUGAAAAUGGUCGUGUGGUACAAACACCGAAAAAGAAAGUGAACCAAUUUGGUUUGAUGUUAUGGCACAGUUUAGUUGCGUCUCGGAACUCACUGGCUCAUAAAUUGGAGUGCAUAUACUAAGCAGUUAAAGGAAGGAUAAAUAGUGAAUUUGUUCAUUAGUUAACUGCCAGUUUCGAUUUAUUGUGAAAAUAACAUCCACCUCUAUAUGCAGUCCAGCCCAGCGAGUAGAAUUGCCUACGUUGCGAAGCAAUUUUUGUAUUUCCAUUCAGAUUACGUAAAAAAAAGUGAGAACAUUUUGCUCAUGCACUUUCAUAUCAGAUAGCUUGGACUACAGUUAAAAUGUGCAGAACUGAAUGCAAUACCAUUUGUGUGUUUAUUUUAAUGGAAUAAAAAAAAAAAGUAGGUUAAAGAGAACAAAUAUUUCCAGCUGUGAUAUGCUGAUCAGAAUAGAAGUACAAUGGCGUCAUCUGGCACCACGUAGAACUUGAACAAUCAGAAUAGAGGGAUUUUAUUGUCGGAAAUUAUGUCCUAUAACAUAGGCAUUUUUGAAAUUACGCCUGCUGUCCAAUUGUUUUGGCAGCUGCCACCCAUCCUGCUUAGGCUAACCUUUUCACCGUUUCGAGUGAACGCAAUAUUGAAAUCAACGCAGUUGACGUUUCAUACGUGUUAAAUGUAUACAUACGGCAGGGAUUUAUAGACUUUUUAUGCUGUUUUUAUUCCUGUGGUAGUUUAUGGUUUGGUUUGAUUGGUCAAAUUUUAUCCGUACUUUAUCUAAAGAUUGCCACUGUAACACUCUUUUGUUCUUGUCUAUUCAACGUUAUUAGUUAUGCAAUCUUAAAAUGCAAUUAUUAUGCACAUGUUACACCGAUUACAAAGCUGUGAUGGCAGUAAAUGUUUUGCUGUAUUAUGUCUUAUGAUAAUAAACUUUGAUCAGUAUUGUAUACAAUGCAUAAUUUAUUGGGACAGUGUAAUAAACACUCAAAAUUUUAGUGUGGUAGGAAGCUGAAUGCUCCUGUGUGCCAAGUGUAGUUCAGAGAUAUCUAGUAAUCAUCACCUAUUAUCACACCAACCUUGUUGAUAACAAAAUUAUGUAAUCAUUACAUACCGAUCUAGUAUCUGCAGUGAAGGAAAGCAGCAAGGGAGGUAGGCAGCGUAGAGGCAACUCCUUGAUUUUGAAAGUUUUGCGACAUAGGCCUAACGUCGUAUAUUUUGAGCAUUCAGUAUAGGAUACCAGUUAACGAGGUUCAAACAUUUUUUUUUGCUACAACUUAAUGAAGUUCUUUGAUCCGAUCUGAACAAGGAGCAGGGACAUACAAUAGAUGUGACAAAACAGAGCGUAGUUGCUAACAUGAAAUCAUGCACAGGUUUUGUUUGUCAUGGGAUCCAACAUUUUAAUUAUAGCAAGCAGCGCUCCACUCAGCCUACACUACCUAGAGCUGAACUGCUUGUAUGGUUAAAAAUUUCGCAGCAGUCGACGUCGGCACUCCUGCAAGGUUCAAACCAAUGUGCACCACAAAUCGAUCUGUAUCGCAGCAAUCCCAAUAAAGCACAUGAAACAAGUC